UCGUUGCCCGGUCCGUGCCUGGUGAUUUAUAUUAUAUUAUUUUACCAUUAGGCUUGGCUCCUGCAGAUGUCUCUGGCAACCUGUCUCCUGAUCCCUGAAAUAUCGGUCGUUUUUACAAGAAUUCAUCAUCUAAGGCGAUUGAGAGAUUCAUCUAACUCGAAUCACUGAGAGAAAAGUGAACUCUCACAACACUGCAGGGACUGUAAGUCGCAAGAGGCAUCCUUUGACUACCUGGUACUCCAAGAAUCUGGCAUGAGUUCUUGCACCUACCUCCUAUCCUCAUCUUAAGGAGGUGUAGCUCUCCCCCAAACUCACACAAUUCUGCUUUUACCUACAGUCCAUUAUGGCCCUCCCAAGAGUCCAUGUCAAUGACAAAAGCCCUCUGUCCGAGAAGAAUAACCCAAAAGACAAUGGCAUCGACAGGCGACAAUCGGCACAAAUCAUUGCCCCAACACGAAAGUCCCUGCAUCAGAACAUCUUCGGGAAGCUCCGUCCUCUGCCUUUCCAGUAUCACUGGACAGUCUGGUACGAUAAGCACUCUGACUCCACCGACUACGAUAACAGACUGUACGUCCUUCAUGAAGACGUCGCCGACAUUGCGACCUUCUACCGGGUUUACAACAACUACCCAUGGGAGAAGAUCCGGCUUAGAGAUACGGUGCAUAUCUUCCGCAAGGGUGUGCGUCCCGUCUGGGAAGAUCCAGAGAACCUGAAGGGGGGAUGUUGGAGAUUCCGUGUGCCGAAAGGCAAAGCCCAGGAGUUCUUCCAUGAGAUUGCGAUUCUCUGCAUGGCAAAUGAGUUUCAGGCUGUCCUUGAGCAGGAACAUGACCAUGUCCUUGGAGUUUCAACCUCAGUCCGUUUUAACACUCAUCUGAUCUCGGUUUGGAACAAGCUUGGCUCCAAUGAAUGUUCCAUCAAAGCAUUGGAAAGAACUAUCCUCGACCGAUUGUCCCCGGAACUACGACCCACUGGGACGGGGUCCAAUGCGUAUUUCUAUAAACGUCAUGAUGAGAACGAAGGAUAUCAAGAAGCUGUUGAGCGAGCAGCCUCCAAGGAUUGAGGGUUUCCUUUCUUGAUUAUGCUGUGUUAGACUAGAAUAGUUGAUAUUCUUGCUCGCUCCUGUCUGGUUUCAAGGACAUCUUUAUUCAAGCGCUACUGGCAUAGCGCUGCUUAAGAUCAGUCCAAGCCCUGAACCGCUAAGCUUCAUUU